UGAAACCGGCAUACCACAGUUUGGCAAUCACUCUGGGAUAGGCUCCAGCACCCCCGUGACCCCGGGAUGGAUGGAUGUUUUAUAUCAUUAUACUGUUGGUGUCAGUGUUGCCUCUGCACAUGCAAGACAUGAGAAGCAUCCACCUCUGAAGUCCUAUCGUCACGAGCGAGGAGGCAGCUUUAGUGACGUGACCCCAAGAUGCUGCAGACGACAAGCAGAUGUGCAAGACGCUGAGCAACACACAACUAUGGAGCCCCUGAUGUGUGAGCAGUCGGCCAAGGUGGAUGAGCUGGUGGAGGCAUGCAUCCAAGCCUUUGACGAGAGCGGCACUUUGAGGCACCCGUCGACGGUUCGCAUGUUCCUCAUGAUGCACCCGUGGUACAUUCCUUCCACGGACAUGGCUGCCAAGCUGGUGCUCAAAUCUCAAGCGGAGGACUGCUCGGCGGAGCAUCGAACCAGAAUAUGUCACCUUGUCAAGUAUUGGAUCUCUGAGUUUCCUGCAGAGUUCAAUCUGAACCCAGAGCUGGCCGAGCAGAUAAAAGACUUUAAAGACCUCCUGAGCACAGAGGGCAACGAGUGCCAGAGUCAGCUUAUUGACAUCGAGAGCGUGCCAUCGUAUAAAUGGAAGCGUCAGGUGACUCAGCGCGUACCCUCAAUGUCCAAAAAGAGGAAAAUGUCCCUGCUCUUUGACCACCUUGACUCCUGUGAACUGGCUGAACACCUGACCUACUUGGAAUACAAAUCUUUCUGCAAAAUUUUGUUUCAGGACUACCACAGCUUUGUGAUGCACGGUUGCACGGUGGACAACCCCGUGCUGGAGCGCUUCAUCACGCUCUUCAACAGCGUCUCUCAGUGGAUUCAGCUCAUGGUGCUCAGCAAGCCCACUGCGACCCAGAGAGCCUCUGUCAUCUCGCACUUCAUCAGAGUGGCGCAGAAACUGCUGCAGCUGCAGAACUUCAACACGCUAAUGGCAGUGGUAGGUGGCCUCAGCAACAGCUCCAUCUCGCGUCUCAAAGACACACAGGCCCAUAUCAGCGCCGAAACCAACAAGGUUUUUAACAACCUCAUCGAGCUGGUGACGUCAUGCGGAAACUACUGCCAGUACCGCAAGCGCUUCUCUGAGAGCUCUGGUUUUCGCUUCCCCAUCCUGGGUGUGCACCUGAAGGACCUGAUCGCUGUUCACGUGGCACUGCCAGAUUGGGCAGACAAGGAGAAGACGCAGGUCAACCUAACUAAGACCCAGCAGCUGUAUGCCAUCCUGCAGGAGCUGGCGCUGAUCCAGAACAUGCCGCCCAACGUCGACGCCAAUACGGAUCUGCUGAACCUGUUGACAGUAUCUCUGGACCAGUACCACACAGAGGAGGAGAUCUACCAGAUGUCUUUGCAGAGGGAACCUCGCAAGCAAGCGAACUCUAGCACCACCCCGGCUCCAGACCCUAAGCCAAACAUGAUGGAUGAGUGGUCCGUGUCGGUGAAGCCCAACGCUGACCCGACAGUCAUCAAGAAGCACAUUGAGAAGAUGGUGGAGUCUGUCUUCAAGAACUUUGACACAGACGGCGAUGGCCACAUCUCUAGGGAAGAGUUUGAGGACAUCAGGAACAACUUCCCCUACCUCAGCAAGUUUGGAGAAUUGGACAAGAACCAAGACGGCAAAAUCAGCCGAGAGGAGAUGAUCGACUACUUCACGAGGGCCAGCUCGCUGCUCAACUGCAAGAUGGGCUUCAUUCACACUUUCAGCGAGGCCACCUACGUGAAGCCCACCUUCUGCGAGCACUGCGCUGGCUUUAUAUGGGGUUUCUACAAGCAGGGCUACAAGUGUAAAGCUUGCGGGGUCAACUGCCACAAGGCCUGCCGGAGCCGACUGGCCGUGGAGUGCCGGAAAAGGACCAAGAGUAUCAGCCACGAGACGCCACCGGCUCUUCAGGCCAGAUCGUACAGCUUCCCGCCACCUGCCAACCCUCCACCCAAUCUCAGGAACACUGUAAUCGCUGAAGAGGAUAUAGAGGGGGUGGAAGAAGGAGUGUACGACAUUCACCUAUAACCAGGUGCAUUGAAGUAUGAAAUAUGAUGUCCAAAGUCCUGUAGCUGCUGGUGUGCAGUGUGCAGGCAGCUAUCUUGUGAGUGAUGUCACAGGACAGAAGAGGCUUUCUGUGGACACACACUAAUACUGCAACGUUUGCACCUGCCAGCAGCUCCACUGGACUCACAUGGACAUGCCAGUUAGUGUUAUUGGACCUUUGUUAACCUGAACGACAGUGGCCUCUCCCUGUGUUCUACUUCUUUGCGGAACCGUUAAUUGUCAUUUUAUUGGACAGCAGCAUUUAUUUUGACCUUCAUGAUUUAGAUGUAUGUUGCAGUAACUUUGUUGUUGUUGUUGUUGUUGCACGCCAAAUUAUUACUUACCGCACAAGGAGACAAGCACGUUUUUGUUUCCUCUGUUGAAAGACACAUUGUGAGCGGCUGGUAUGUCAUUGAAUGAGACACUGCUGCUGUGUGGGUCUCAUAUGAAAGAGACAGCAUUUAUGUAAAAGUUUUUUUGGAAUGUUUUCUUUUCGUGUGUGUGCAACAUUUUAGUGCUGCCUGUUAGUGCAGACGAAUAAAGCCUACAUAAAACAUGUUCGAUUUAGUCCGCUCACAGACAUAUCUAAUUCCUCAGACGUAAGGACACUCAAAACAUAGGGGAAUGAGAGAAAUAUUAUUCCCUUUAUUUGAAAAUGUAAUAUUUAAAAAAAUUGUUUUUUUGUGGCAAAAUAUUGUUUUUUUCGGUGCUGCCAUGUUUGUGGAGUGUGGAAAUAGGGCCCAUUUGGUUAAUUAUUAGACUAAAAGAUAAGCAGUCCUUUAAAAGCCAUAGUAAUCAGAUUUAUUUUCAAGCCAUUUUGGCUGUGGUGAAUGAGUAUAAAUGAUUUGCAGUAUAAUUUAUUUUCUUAAAUUAAGUUGUACAAAAAGAAUAUCAUGUUCAAAAGGACAAAACACGACAAGAAAUGUCCCUUGUGUAUCAGUUGUAUCAAAAUGCCAUUUCUGAUCCCAUAUCUAUUUUACAUAAAUUAAUAAAACAAUUU